UAAAAAUUCUCCGAUAGAGGGCGUCAUCGUGCAUAACCUCAUGUGGCAGGCGUGAAUGGAAAAGCAUAAACAAUCGUAAAAUAAUUCAAAAUUUAAUCUGAAAAAGUGGAUAAUUUGGAAAAAUGACUCCAUUAUUUGUGCUCUACGAGCACGCAUCGGGCUAUGCGUUGUUCAAAGUCAAGGAAUUUGAGGAAAUUUCGAUGCUCUUACCGCAAGUCGAGGCCUCCGUAACGGAUUUGGCUCGUUUCAACGGCAUCGUGAAGCUUGUCUCGUUCUUCCCGUUCAAAACAGCAAUCGCCGCAUUGGAAAAUGUCAAUGCCAUUUCCGAGGGAAUUGUUCCCGAUGACUUGGCUUUGUUCCUGCAAUCGAAUUUACCGAAGCCGAAGAAGGAAAAAUUCACUUUGGGUGUCGCCGACGCAAAAUUGGGAGCUGCCUUGAACGAAGCCAUCAACGUGAGUUGUUCUCACAUUGGAGCCGUGCCCGAAAUUAUCCGCGGAUGUCGCAUGCAUUUCGCCAAUAUGGUCAAAGGUGUCACCGACAAGACGGCGGGCGUGGCGCAAUUGGGUCUCGGUCACAGUUAUUCUCGGGCAAAAGUCAAGUUUAACGUGCAUCGGAGCGAUAACAUGAUAAUUCAGUCGAUUGCACUGCUGGAUCAACUGGACAAGGAUAUUAAUACGUUUUCGAUGCGGAUUCGCGAAUGGUACUCGUAUCACUUCCCGGAGUUGAUUAAAAUUGUGCCCGAUAACAAUAUGUAUGCCAAAGUGGCGCAUUUCAUCAAAGAUCGCAAAUCUCUCGACGAAACGAAGCUCGAGGGCCUUGAAGAAAUCGUCAUGGACUCGGAAAAAGCUCAAGCCAUCAUCGAUGCGUCAAAAAUGAGCAUGGGAAUGGAUAUUUCGCAGAUUGACUUGAUGAAUAUUGAAAUGUUUGCGGCGCGUGUCGUUCGUCUCGCGGAUUAUCGCAAAGAACUCGCCGAAUAUUUGCAUUCAAAAAUGGGUUCUGUGGCUCCAAACUUGCAAACUCUCAUCGGCGAUCAAGUUGGCGCCCGUUUAAUCUCCAAAGCCGGCAGUUUAACGAACCUCGCCAAGUAUCCGGCAUCCACGGUACAAAUUUUGGGCGCCGAAAAAGCUCUUUUCCGUGCAUUAAAGACCCGCGGAAACACCCCAAAGUUCGGAUUGCUCUUCCAUUCGUCGUAUAUUGGGCGUGCCGGUUUAAAGAACAAAGGCCGCAUUUCACGUUUCCUCGCCAAUAAAUGUGUCAUCGCAUCACGCAUCGAUUGUUUCACCGAAACCCCGUCGAAUGUCUUCGGCGAAUCCCUCAAGCAGCAAGUCGAGGAUCGUCUCAAGUUUUACGAAUCGGGAGAAGUUCCCCGCAAAAAUAUCGAAGUCAUGAAGGAAGCGAUGGAGUUGCAAGCGCAGCAAGUUGUUGCGAAUUCCGAGGGGAAAAAGAAGAAGAAGAAGGACAAGAAAAAGAGGAAAAAUGGCGAAGAAGAGAACGGAAAUGGAGUGCAUGAGGAGGAAAAUGGUAAUGGUGAUACUACCAUGGAAGUUGAUGAGCCGGCGCCGAAGAAGAAAAAGAAGAAGAACAAGAAUAAGGAUCAAGAUUAGGAUUCUUUGUGCAUUUUAACAGUUUUUUUUUCUUUUUUUUUAUAGACUUAAGAUAUAUGACCAUUUGGCAAAAUUAUUCAAAAUUUCAAUAUAUUUUUAGAAAUAAAAACUCCUAACCAUUACAAAAAAAA